UCCCCUUCACUCUGGUUUUAGCAGCGCCGCCCGAGGUGUUCUGGCUGCCUGCCCGGAGCGGGGAGGCCAUGAAUGAGCAGUGCAGCGGGGGCCGCUGAGGCCGCGGGAGGCGGAGGCGGAGGUGGAAGGGAAGGGAAGGAAAGGAAAGCAUAGCGGCUGCCUGCCGCCAGCUACGGCCGCAAGCUGUCCGGGCAGGCGGGCCGGGCCUGGCGGCGCGGUGGAGCCCACCAGCGCGGGGCAGAGCGGGGGCCCGGCCGUGCAGGGGAGAGGGGCUCAGGCUACGCACCCAGCAGCAGCCCGUCCAUGUCAAAGAUCAGGUGGCUCUCCACUGGGCAUGAAGAUCAUUGAAGCACCAAUUGCAGACAUGGAAAGAGCUGUGUCAGGCUCCUGAGGAAGAAGAUGGGGCUCCUUUUACUUCUAAUAAUUUGCCAGUGUGCCAUAAGCAGUAUCAAAACACACAGUGUUUCAAAGCCCAAUAUAAUUUUAUUGAUGGCUGAUGAUCUUGGUAUUGGAGACCUGGGAUGUUAUGGGAACAGAACCUUAAGAACCCCUAAUAUUGACAGGCUAGCAGAGGAAGGAGUGACACUUACUCAGCAUGUAGCAGCAUCCCCACUUUGUACUCCAAGCAGGGCAGCUUUCCUGACAGGGAGAUAUCCUAUAAGAUCAGGAAUGGCUGCUUUCUCACGAGUUGGUGUCUUCUUAUUUUCUGCCUCUUCUGGGGGACUUCCUUCUGAAGAAAUAACUUUUUCCAAACUCCUGAAGCAGAGAGGUUAUGCAACAGCUCUAAUAGGAAAGUGGCAUCUUGGGAUGAACUGUGAAAGCAGUAAUGACUUCUGUCACCACCCCCUCAGUCAUGGAUUUGAUUACUUUUAUGGCCUUCCCGUGACCAAUUUUAGAGACUGCAAACCUGGCCAAGGCAGCGUAUUUUUACAAGGGGUUCAGAAACACCUUGUCAUCCCAAUCCAAAUCACUGGAAUUGCCAUUGUGUCUUUGGCAAUAGUGCAGUACAUUGGCCUUCUCAAAGUACCCUUCCAAGCAUUGGGUUACUUCUUGUUAAUAAUCACAAUUUCACUUGUGAUUUUGAUUUUUUUCUUCUAUCAUUUUCGACACCUAAACUGCUUUUUAAUGAGGGACCAUCAGAUUAUCCAGCAGCCACUGUCCUAUGAGAACCUUACUAAGAGGCUGACAAAAGAAGCCGUGCAGUUUAUUGGAAGGAACACUGGCACACCAUUUCUUCUUGUCCUCUCUUAUCUUCAUGUCCAUACUGCUCUAUAUGCUUCAGAAAGUUUCAAAGGAAAGAGCAAGCAUGGUUUAUAUGGUGAUGCAGUGGAGGAAAUGGACUGGAGUGUAGGGCAAGUUCUGAAUGUACUGGAGAAGCAUAAUCUGAGUGACAAAACUCUUGUAUACUUUACAUCUGACCAAGGUGCUCAUGUUGAAGAAAUCUCCAGUGCUGGAGAAGUCCAUGGAGGAUACAAUGGUAUAUAUAAAGGUGGAAAAUCAACGAACUGGGAAGGAGGUAUUCGUGUGCCAGGUCUUCUCCGUUGGCCUGGAGUGGUGCAGGCUGGUGCCCAUAUUGAUGAACCAACGAGUAACAUGGAUAUAUUUCCCACCAUAGUUAAACUUGCAAAUGCACAGUUACCCUCUGACAGGAUUAUUGAUGGACAUGAUCUGCUACCUUUACUUCAAGGAAAAGUUACUCGAUCUAAGCAUGAAUUUCUUUUCCAUUACUGCAAUGCAUAUUUAAAUGCAGUGCGCUGGCAUCCAGGAAACAGUGAAUCUGUCUGGAAAGUGUUCUUCUUCACUCCAAACUUCAGUCCUGAGGACUCCAAUGGUUGCUAUGAUUCUCAUGUUUGCUUCUGCCAUGGAGGAUUCAUUACACGACAUGAUCCUCCACUGCUCUUCGAUCUGUCCAGAGACCCUGAAGAGAAAGUCCCACUGACUCCAGAAACUGAGAGCCGUUUCUACGAGAUCCUCAGGAUUGUGCACCAAGCAGUAGACAACCACACCAGAUCCCUGCAUGCUGUUCCUAACCAGCUGUCAUGGGACAACCUUCUCUGGAAGCCAUGGCUCCAGCUCUGCUGCUCAUCUCUCUUUCAGUCUUGUUAUUGUGACUAUGAGUCAGGAGGGAGUCCACUGCAGCUGCAUUUGGGAUAAACAAGCUGCAAUUCCCUUUCAGAAACUGGACCAGCAGAGUGAGGGUGUCUGACUUGAACCUGUGGUUUUGUUGUGUUGGAGGAGGAUCAGUCUUUAAAUAAAUAUUGCAGUAGAAGAGAAUUUCAAUCAAGAAAACCUGACAAGAGUGGGAAGGCAAGACACACCUCCUCUGUCUUUAUCACACAGCAUGAAGGACAUGUUGCCGUCCACAUCUAUACCUGGGUAGACUUGAAGGCAUUUUCUAUGGGAGAUAAUUUUCUAAACCUUCAGCUUGAGCUUUUUUCUUACAUAGCAAAAAGAGUUUACCUAUUGGUUCUGUCAAUCACAACUACUAAAUCAUAACUACUAAAUGCAAACUUUCCUGUCCUUUUUACUAAGUGUUGUCCAUUAGUAGGACAUAGCACUGAGGAAUUGAAAACAGAGAGAUAAUAGUGGAGAGUGGCAGUUAUUUGUUAACUGAUGGAUAGGUCAAGAGGAGACUUGCAGCAGAUCUCUAUCAACAGCCUUGACACAUGAAAAAACUGACAGAUUGCCAGCAGUCUAACUUUGAAUGUGCCAUAAAAAUGCACAGAGCUGUGGUAGUGGAAGACCUUGUGUCCAUAUUAAAAUGAUGCGCCCCAGCAUCCCUGCUGUCCUGUCCUAUUCCUUGACAGCAACCUUUGUUUCAAAAGGACACCAAGUGCACCAGCUUUGUGCUUGAGUGUCUACCAUAAGUCUCCAUAUUUAUAUAUAU